AUGGGUGAUCUAUCAAAGGAACGAGUACGCGGAUCCGUAAAGCCCUUUACAAAUGUUGGAGUCGACUACGCUGGACCGCUCCAGGUGCGAGAGAGCCGCAGGCGUGGAAGAGUACAUACUUCGAAGGCGUGGAUUGCAGUCUUCACCUGCUUUGCUACCAAGGCCACGCAUUUAGAGCUCGUCACGGAGCUUUCAACUCAAGCAUUUUUAGCAGCGCUGCGGCGAUUUGUGGCAAGAAGAGGCAUCUGCUCACAAAUUGUGUCCGACAAUAGGACCAAUUUCAUUGGUGCAGCACGGGAAUUGAGGGAGGUCUACGAGUUCCUGGAACGAGAACAACGAACGAUAUCCGAUCACUUGACUCAACAAAGAAUUCAGUGGAAAUUUAUUCUACCCAGAGCACCACAUAUGGGCGGACUUUGGGAGGCGCCAUUGAAGGCUGCUAAACGUCAUCUUAAUACAGUUACCAAAGGCCUCGUAUCAACCUUUGAAGAGUAUUAUACACUCCUAACCAAAAUAGAAUCAAUUCUUAACUCCCGUUCUUUAACUCCGUUAUCAAACGAUCCUAACGAUACAACAGUUUUAACCCCCGCUCAUUUCCUAAUAGGGGAAUCAUUGUUAUUGCCAGCCGAACAUGAUUAUUUUGAGAUUCCAGAUUCCAGACUUUCGCGAUGGCAACACCUCCAGAAGGUACGACAGCAUUUCUGGAAACGCUGGUAUAACGAAUAUUUACAGGAGUUGCAAAAACGUCAAAAAUGGUACACCAAGGGCGACAAUUUGGAGGUUGGUACAUUGGUGCUGCUCAAAGAAGACAACGUGCCGCCACUUCAGUGGGUUCUUGGACGCGUGGUAGAAGUUAUUCCAGGAACUGACAACAUUGUGAGAGUGGCUAUCGUCCGCACUGCAGGUAGACUGUUUAAGAGAGCUGUAACGAAGCUCUGUCCGCUGCCCAAAGAAGAUGCAGAUUAG